AUGGCGUCUAUCUCACCACUGUCCUUCAUUUCCACUGUCAAUGUCUCUUCGAACUCCACCACUUCCUCUUCUCCACUACUGUCUCUAUUUUCUCGAAAACAAUGCCAAUCUUCAAAACAUAAAAAACCAAAACGCCAUCAAGUUUCUAAAGUGGCAUGCAGUGGUGGUAACCAAAACAACCUUACACCAAACUCGGAGGGAAAACUACCACAUAUUGUAGGACAUAGGAGGAAUGUUCUCAUAGGACUAGGAGGACUUUGUGGUGCUGCUACUCUUAGCAACAACCCUUUAGCCUUUGCAGCUCCGGUGUCCCCUCCGGACCUAACCACGUGCGGUCCACCUGACCUACCCUCGAGUGCAAAACCCACCAAUUGUUGCCCACCAUCUUCCACAAAGAUCAUAGAUUUUGAACUCCCUUCCUCUAUUAAUCAACCCCUUAGAGUAAGACAAGCUGCACAUUUGGUCAAUGAUGACUAUCUAGCCAAGUACAAGAAAGCCCUUGACCUCAUGAAAGCUCUUCCAGUUGAUGACCCACGUAAUUUCACUCAACAAGCCAACGUCCAUUGCGCUUAUUGUGAUGGUGCAUAUCACCAAGUUGGGUUCCCUGACCUUGAUCUCCAAGUUCACAAUUCUUGGCUCUUCUUUCCUUUUCAUCGUUGGUAUCUUUAUUUCUAUGAGAGAAUCUUGGGGAGCUUGAUCAAUGACCCAACUUUUGCUUUACCCUUUUGGAAUUGGGAUGCUCCAGGGGGCAUGCAACUUCCUUCCAUUUACACAAACCCCAAAUCACCUCUCUAUGACAAACUCCGGAAUGCCAAACAUCAACCACCAACACUCAUAGACCUUGACUAUAAUCUCGAUGAUGAUGCUAACGCCAAUGGCCGAAUCUCCACCAACCUUACUAUAAUGUAUAGGCAAGUUGUAUCUAAUGGAAAGAACCCAAGACUCUUCCUUGGAAACGCUUAUCGUGGUGGAGAUGAGCCUGACCCUGGUGCUGGCUCCUUAGAGAACGUUCCUCAUGGUCCUGUUCAUUUAUGGACUGGUGAUAUUAACCAGCCUAACAUUGAGGACAUGGGGACUUUCUAUUCGGCUGCAAGAGAUCCUAUUUUCUAUUCUCACCAUUCAAACAUUGAUAGGGUGUGGUCCAUAUGGAAAACACUAGGUGGGAAAAGAAGGGAUUUAACUGACUCAGAUUGGUUAGAAUCUGGGUUUCUCUUCUAUGAUGAGAAUAAGAACCUUGUGCGUGUGAAGGUCAAGGAUUGCCUUGACACAAGAAAGUUAGGGUAUGUUUACCAAGAUGUUGACAUUCCUUGGCUAAAGGCUAAACCUACACCUCGCAGGUCCAGGGUUCAAAAGGUAGCACAACAUUUUGGCGUUGGUGCAGCACAUGCUGCUGAGACUUCAAGGAAUGUGAAGUUCCCACUGGUUUUGGAUUCAGUUGUGAGUGUUGACGUGAAGAGGCCAAAGAAGUCGAGGAGCAAGAAGGAGAAGGAUGAAGAGGAAGAGGUUUUAGUGAUUGAAGGGAUUGAGUUUGAGAGGAACACAGCUGUGAAGUUUGAUGUGUUUAUCAAUGACGAAGAUGACAAGCUGAUCCGGCCAGAAAAUACAGAGUUUGCAGGAAGCUUUGUGAGUGUGCCUCAUUCGCAUAAGCACAAAAACAAGAAGAUAAAUACUUAUUUGAGACUAGGGUUAACGGAUUUGUUGGAAGAUUUGGGAGCUGAAGACGAUGAUAGUGUUAUGGUGACAUUGGUCCCAAGGUACGGGAAAGGGCUUGUCAAAAUCAGAGGCAUCAACAUUGAGCUUGCGGAUUGA